UUUUCCAACCAAAUAUCAACCCCUAAUACAAGAUAUGAUAUCAUGACCCGUAACAAGCAUACCACAACUUUCACAUGUUAAACCUGAACCUCAUCUCUCUCUACAAAAUGAUCUCACCGGAGCUACAACACAUCCGAAAAACCUUCCCUCUUCUAUCCGACCACAAUACAUCCACCAUAAACCACCGCUCGAUCGCCGCGGACCUCGACGGAACCCUACUCAAAGCCAAACUCUCAUUCCCAUACUACAUCCUCAUCGCAAUCGAAUCCGGCAGCCUCCUCCGCGGCCUCAUCCUGAUAACAUCUCUCCCUAUCAUCUCCUUCAUCUACAACUUCAUCUCCGAAUCUCUCGCCGCCAAGAUCCUGAUAUUUAUCACAUUCUGCGGCGUCAAAUACUGUGACAUCGAGGGCGCUUCUCACGCCCUCCUGCCGCGGUUCUACGCCGCAGAUGUGAGGAGAGAUAGCUUUGAAGUGUUUGAUAGGUGUGAGAGGAAGGUAAUUGUGACGGCGAACCCGGUGGUGAUGGUGGAGACGUUUGCGAAGGAGGUUUUAGGAGCGGAGAAGGUGAUCGGAACGGAGAUUGAAGUGGAUGUAAGGACGAAGAGAGCUACCGGAUUUGUUACGGAGCCUGGUGUGAUGAUCGGUGAAUUGAAGAAGGUGGCGGUUGUUAUGGAGUUUGGUGAGGAGUUGCCGGAUAUUGGUCUCGGUGACCGGAGAUCUGAUUGUGAGUUUAUGUCUGUUUGCAAGGAGGGUUACAUGGUACCAAAAGACCAUUUUGCAAGCCUAGUAUCCCCACAAUGUCUGAAAAAUCAGUUAAUAUUCCAAGACGGCUGCUUAGAGCGACCAUCAAGCUACAUCAUCUACUAUAUUUGCUUACCAUUCAGAUUCCUUCUAUACCCUUUUCGCGCUUACUUCAAUCUCUCCUUAAUCGAGGGAAUUGCUAGAUGUGCUUAUCGUCGAAUGUAGUAGGCCUUGUUAGAGAAGAGAAACUACAAAUGCGUCAGGGGUACAAAAUGGUUUAGGUGUGCUUCUGCUAUCAAAUAAAACGUAUUAUAACUCUAUCAUAUUAAUUUACGUAAUAAAAUGCUAUAAGUGUUGUCCGUAAA